GGGAGACCUUUGGUUUGCCAGCAUGGAAGUGGGCGUGGCGCGCCGGGGUCAUGUGAUGGAGCGGAAGAUGGCGGCGCUGUGCUGAGGUGAUGGUGGGGAUGCAAGAGGCGGGGGAGACCAAAAGUAUGUUCAUCUGCCGGGCGCUGGAGAGGAUCCUCACCGACCGGGAGCUCCGCAAGACCCAGCACGGGCAGCUCAGGAGAGCCUGCGAGGUGGCCCGGGAUGAAAUCAGGACUGAGCUGGAAGCAGAGAAACAUGGAUCAGAACCGCUGUCCAAACCAAAAUUCAUUGAGGCCGACAAGUAUUUCCUCCCAUUUGAGCUGGCUUGUCAGACAAAGGCCCCCCGCAUUGUCAGCACCUCCCUGGACUGCUUGCAGAAAUUGAUUGCAUAUGGGCACAUCACCGGAAAUGCUCCGGAUAAAGGCAUCGCGGGGAAACGACUCAUCGACCGCAUAGUGGACACCAUCUGUAACUGUUUCCAGGGCCCCCAGACAGAUGAGGGUGUACAACUUCAGAUCAUAAAGGCUCUGCUGACGGUCGUCACCUCCCCGUAUGUGGAGAUCCAUGAGGCCACCAUUCUCCAGACUGUUAGGACCUGUUACAACAUUUAUCUGGCCAGCAAAAACUUGGUGAAUCAGACUACCGCCAAAGCUACACUGACCCAGAUGCUGAACGUCAUCUUCGCCCGUAUGGAAAUGCAGUCCCAAGAGUUCCAGGAUCAUGAAAAGCAACAACUGAAGCUGUAUUCUCCUGCGUCUCAGAAAAUUGCUGGUUCUCCACAAGUUACACCCAGAUUACACAGAGGCCAGCUUAGUGGAUCCCCUAUACCCAACAAACAGGAUGUCACAAAUGGUGUUCAGAACCAAGAAGAGGUUUCACAAGUAGAUGGCAGGACAAGUGGGGAGACACCCCCUGUAGUGUCAGGACUGGAGAAUAUGACUGCUCCUGUAGAGGAGAUACCAUCUCAACAGCAAGGGCUGCAGGAGGCUCCAUCUCCUCACGGUGGGCAGCAGCAGCAGCAGGAGGCUCCAUCUCCUCACGGUGGGCAGCAGCAGCAGCAGGAGGCUCCAUCUCCUCACGGUGGGCAGCAGCAGGAGGCUCCAUCUCCUCACGGUGGGCAGCAGCAGGAGGCUCCAUCUCCUCACGGUGGGCAGCAGCAGCAGCAGGAGGCUCCAUCUCCUCACGGUGGGCAGCAGCAGCAGCAGGAGGCUCCAUCUCCUCACGGUGGGCAGCAGCAGGAGGCUCCAUCUCCUCACGGUGGGCAGCAGCAGCAGGAGGCUCCAUCUCCUCACGGUGGGCAGCAGCAGCAGCAGGAGGCUCCAUCUCCUCACGGUGGGCAGCAGCAGCAGGAGGCGCCAUCUCCUCACGGUGGGCAGCAGGAGGCGCCAUCUCCUCACGGUGGGCAGCAGGAGGCGCCAUCUCCUCACGGUGGGCAGCAGGAGGCGCCAUCUCCUCACGGUGGGCAGCAGGAGGCGCCAUCUCCUCGCGGUGGGCUGGUCCCACAGAGUCCAGAAUCCUAUACUCAAGACGUGAAAGUACCAAUCAGUGUUCCGGGUGAGCCAGAAGUUGCUGGCUUUUCUCCCCCUGACAGUGUUCAGACCAAUGGGAUCGCAGACGACAGACAGUCGGUGUCUUCUACAGAUAAUCUGGAAUUGGACUCCCUACCCGGCCAGCAUGCUGGUGCUAAAUUUAGCCACAUUCUCCAGAAAGAUGCUUUCUUGGUGUUCCGUUCACUCUGCAAGCUGUCCAUGAAACCCCUGGGAGACGGUCCCCCGGACCCCAAAUCUCAUGAACUCCGCUCCAAGGUCAUCUCCCUGCAGCUCCUCUUGUCAGUAUUGCAGAGUGCCGGCCCCGUCUUCAGGACCCAUGAAAUGUUCAUCAAUGCCAUUAAGCAAUAUCUUUGUGUAGCCUUAUCCAAGAAUGGUGUGUCUGGCGUGCCUGACGUCUUUGAGCUGUCCCUGGCCAUAUUCCUGAGCCUCCUCUCCAACUUCAAAAUGCACUUAAAAAUGCAGGUGGAGGUGUUUUUUAAAGAAAUCUUUUUAAAUAUAUUGGAGACCUCAUCAAGUUCCUUUGAGCACAAGUGGAUGGUGAUCCAGACGCUGACCAGGAUCUGUGCAGAUGCGCAGUGUGUGGUGGACAUCUAUGUGAAUUAUGACUGUGACCUCAAUGCUGCUAAUAUUUUUGAACGACUUGUAAACGACUUGUCCAAAAUUGCUCAGGGAAGAAGUGGCCAUGAGCUGGGGAUGAGCCCCCUGCAGGAGAUCAGCCUGAGGAAGAAAGGCCUGGAGUGUCUGGUCUCCAUAUUAAAGUGUAUGGUGGAAUGGAGCAAAGAUAUUUACAUCAACCCCAACCACCAAACUACCCCCGGUCCAGAGAAACCCUGCGAUCCUGAGACCAGUGAAAAUAAAACACCGGAAAUAUUGGGCCGCAGAAGCAGUGCCAGCUCAGUGGAUUCCUCGGUGUCUUCAUUGAUUGGAAGCGCGGGCUCUCAGACCUCCGUCCCAGAUUACCCGGAACAGUUUGAGGUCAUCAAACAGCAGAAGGAAAUCAUUGAGCACGGCAUUGAACUGUUUAAUCGGAAGCCAAAAAGAGGGAUUCAGUAUCUGCAGGAGCAGGGAAUGCUGGGAAAUGCACCUCCAGACAUUGCUCAGUUUUUUCACCAAGAGGACCGGCUGGAUUUUACUAUGAUCGGAGAAUUCCUGGGAGAAAACAAUCGCUUUAAUAGAGAGGUGAUGUACACCUAUGUGGACCAGAUGGAUUUCCAUGACAAGAACUUUAUCUCCGCGCUGCGACUUUUCCUGCAAGGAUUCCGAUUACCUGGAGAAGCCCAGAAAAUUGAUCGGCUGAUGGAGAAAUUUGCGGCGAGAUACUUGGAAUGUAACCAGAGACAGACGUUGUUUGCCAGUGCCGACACCGCAUAUGUCCUGGCCUACUCCAUCAUCAUGCUCACCACAGAUCUUCACAAUCCUCAGGUGAAAAAUAAAAUGACGAAAGAACAAUAUAUAAAAAUGAACUGCGGUAUUAAUGACAGCAAAGACCUGCCUGAGGAGUACUUGUCCUCCAUCUAUGAUGAGAUCGAAGGCAAGAAGAUUGCCAUGAAGGAAACGAAGGAGCACACCAUCGCCAACAAGUCUACAAAACCAGGUGUUCCCAGUGAGAAGGAACGUCGCUUGUUGUACAAUGUGGAGAUGGAGCAGAUGGCCAAAACAGCCAAGGCGCUGAUGGAAGCCAUUUGUCAAGAGAAAGCCCCGUUCACCAGCGCCACGCACCUGGAGCACGUCAGACCUAUGUUCAAAUUGGUAUGGACUCCGCUGCUGGCUGCCUUCAGCAUUGGCCUCCAGGACUGCGAUGAUAAUGAAGUUGCUUAUCUUUGUUUGGAGGGGAUCCGCUGCGCCAUUCGGAUCUCGUGUAUCUUCAGCAUGCAGCUGGAACGAGAUGCGUAUGUCCAGGCUCUGGCUCGCUUCUCCCUGCUGACCGCCAGCUCAAGCAUCACCGAGAUGAAGCAGAAGAAUAUCGACACCAUCAAGACGCUGAUCACUGUGGCUCACACCGAUGGCAAUUACUUGGGCAAUUCCUGGCAUGAGAUCCUGAAGUGCAUCAGCCAGUUGGAGCUCGCCCAGCUCAUUGGGACGGGGGUUAAGACACGCUACAUCUCCGGAACUGGGCGAGAUCGUGAAGGAAUUAAGAGCUUCACAUCUGGAGGGGAGGAGUUUAUGGGCAUCGGAAUUGGCACUUUAGUUGGCAGCACAGCGGACAGGAAGCAGAUCGCCAGUAUCCAGGAGUCUGUUGGAGAGACCAGCUCACAGAGUGUGGUUGUGGCCGUCGACAGAAUAUUUACUGGAUCAACGCGAUUGGAUGGAAAGGCCAUAGUUGACUUUGUGCGCUGGCUGUGUGUGGUCUCCAUGGAUGAGCUCGCCUCCAUCCAUCAUCCUCGCAUGUUCAGCCUGCAGAAGAUCGUGGAGAUCUCCUACUACAACAUGGACCGAAUCCGGCUUCAGUGGUCCAGGAUCUGGCAAGUGAUUGGUGAUCACUUCAAUAAGGUCGGCUGUAAUCCGAAUGAAGACGUGGCCAUCUUUGCUAUCGACUCCCUACGUCAGCUGUCUAUGAAGUUUCUUGAAAAAGAUGAACUGGCCAAUUUUCGCUUCCAGAAGGAUUUCUUGAGACCGUUUGAGCACAUUAUGAAGAAGAACAGGUCUCCAACCAUCCGGGACAUGGUCAUCCGCUGCAUCUCCCAGAUUGUCAACAUGCAGGCUGCAAAUAUCCGUUCCGGGUGGAAGAACAUCUUUGCUUUAUUCUAUCAGGCCGCCUCUGACACAAACGGAAACAUUGUGGAGCUGACUUUCCAGUCUGUGGGUCAUAUUGUCACCAAUGUGUUCCAGCAUCACUUCCCAGCCGCCAUUGAUUCUUUCCAAGACGCCAUAAAAUGUCUCUCAGAGUUUGCAUGUAAUGCUGCCUUUCCAGACACCAGCAUGGAGGCCAUCCGCCUCAUCCGACACUGUGCAAAGUAUGUCUCUGAAAAGCCUCAGGCACUGAGGGAGUACACCAGCGAUGACAUGAAUGUGGCCCCUGGGGACCGUGUCUGGGUCCGUGGCUGGUUUCCCAUUUUGUUUGAGCUUUCCUGCAUCAUCAACCGCUGUAAACUUGAUGUUCGAACAAGAGGCCUGACGGUGAUGUUUGAAAUUAUGAAGAGUUACGGUCAUACCUUUGAGAAUCACUGGUGGCAUGACCUCUUCCGAAUCGUCUUCCGAAUAUUUGACAAUAUGAAGCUCCCGGAGCAGCAGACGGAGAAGUCCGAAUGGAUGAUGACGACCUGUAACCACGCCCUUUACGCAAUCUGUGAUGUCUUCACGCAGUUCUAUGAAGACCUCAAUGGCAUUCUCCUUUCUGACAUCUUUGCCCAGUUACACUGGUGUGUUAAGCAAGACAACGAGCAGCUGGCCCGAUCCGGCACCAACUGUCUGGAAAAUCUGGUGAUCCUGAACGGAACCAAGUUCAGUCCUGAGGUUUGGGACCAAACGUGUAACUGUAUGCUGGACAUCUUCAAGACCACCAUCCCCAGCGUGCUCUUGGCAUGGAGACCAUCCGGGAUGGAAGACGAUUCUUCAGACAGGCGUUAUCAGGAUCUGGAUAUCGAUCACCAGUCAAUGAGCAGCAUGGAGAGGAAUCCAUCGGAGAGGGCACAGAGUCAGGUCUCUGAGGAGAACUGGAAGGGGAAGAGCAGUGAGAGGCUGGCUGAUCAGAAGCUGUUUGCUGGUCUCCUCAUCAAAUGUGUCGUGCAGCUGGAAUUGAUUCAGACCAUUGAUAAUAUCGUCUUCUUCCCUGCUACCAGCAAGAAAGAGGAUGCUGAACACUUGGCUGCAGCGCAGAGGGAUGCCCUGGACGAAGAGAUUCACAUUGAAUCGGAAGAUCAGGGAAUGUACAAGUUCAUGUCAACUCCGCAUCUCUUUAAACUUCUAGACUGUUUGCAGGAGUCGCAUUCUUUCGCCAAAGCAUUCAAUUCCAACAACGAGCAGAGGACGGCGCUGUGGAGAGCAGGCUUCAAGGGGAAAUCCAAACCCAACCUACUGAAGCAGGAGACCAGCAGCCUGGCCUGUUGUCUGCGGAUUCUAUUCCGGAUGUAUACAGACCCGCAGAGGCAAGACUCCGGGGAUGUGAUAGAGCAACGACUCUUAACCGUGUGUAGCGAGGCCCUCGCCUAUUUUAUCACUGUAAAUUCAGAAAGUCAUCGAGAGGCCUGGACCAAUCUACUGAUGUUACUUCUUACCAAAACCCUGAAAGUUACAGACGUGAAGUUUAAGGCACACGCCUCCAAGUAUUACCCCCAGCUGUGUGAGAUCAUGCAGUUUGAUCUGAUCCCCGAGCUGCGUGCCGUGCUGAGGAGGUUCUUCCUGCGGAUUGGGGUCGUCUUUAAGAUCUGGAGCCCAGAAGAGGAGCCACAGGUGAACAGCAUGAGUCGGUUAUGAUUGGUGCUGCUGCUGGGACAGUUAUGGUGGAUGGACAGUACGGUGGCGAGUGCUGCUUUGAAGACUGAUUCCUCUGUGUAUUAGUCAGACGACCGGCCUACCUUUUUUUCAUCCAGUAUUACCCGCCAUGUCUGCCCCCAGCCCGGACUGUGGGCAACAGAAGUCAACCCGUCCCCCUCGUGGAACGUAGGUUUUAGGAACUUGUUAAAGCGUCUCUUAUGUUCUCCGCAGUGUUCAUACUCGUUCUAGUUCUUAGUUGGAUGGAGAUAAAUCUAUAAUUUUAUUUUUUCUACUUGGGGGUAAAGCUUUUCAUAAUCUGAUUUUACUCUUUUAUUUAUUGGUCACCCCCCAUGAUGACCUUGCCGUGGUACCAGAUGAGGAUUUGGGGUUUGUAAUGUUAGAUAUUUAUUGGUAAACGUCUACAACACUGUCAUCAUGUGUAUAGGUCGAAGGUCAGGUUUAUAGGGGGGUCCUACUGGGUUCAGCAAUUGUGUACCCUGCUGGGUGUAACUGAGACGUUGGCUACGCAGUGCGCCUCCUGUGCACACAGCUCAGAGGCACAUCGGCAUUACCCAGGCCUGGUUCACAUUGGGGCAAUCCUAUUAAUUUCUGUAAUGAGAGGUCAGAUCUGAUAAUGGCUCUAGGUUUCUCAAAAAAUGGGUCAUUCCUGGCAAUGCAAUCUAUCCCUCGUGAGCCCGGAGGGUAUAACCAGUGUGCAUAUACUCCAAAAUUAAUUCCCAGCAAUCAAAUGCCUAUAUACAGCCAUCAAUCCCCUGAACUGGAGCAGUGUCCAGCUAGAAAUUUCAUAGCAGCUCUAAUACUGUACCUGCUAAUGUGUAUACUGAUCCAGUAGAAUACUUUUCCCAUUAAUGGGGGAGCCCCCCCAUUCCUGCAUUAAAUGUAUGGGUUUGCACACCUGCUGUGCCCAUUAUGAGGGGUUCCCACCCUCCCUGCACUAAGUUCCUGGGUCUACAAACUGGCUGUGCCCAUUUAUAGGGGUUCCCACCAUCCCUGCACUAAGUUUCUGGGUUUACAAACUGGCUGUGCCCUUUUAUAGGGGUUCCCACCAUCUCUGCACUAAGUUUCUGGGUUUACAAACUGGCUGUGCCCAUUCAUUCAUAGGGGUUCCCACCAUCCCUGCACUAAGUUUCUGGGUCUAACAACUGGCUGUGCCCAUUCAUAGGGGCUCCCACCAUCCCUGCACUAAGUUUCUGGGUCU